UUGAGGACCAUAAAGUGUUUUUUUCUUUUUUGCCUUUUCUUCCUCUUCUUCAGGGAAUAUUGAAACAAGCAUCUAAAUUUGGUCCCCUUCCUCCUACUCUCUCACAGCAUCUCUCCACUCCAACACUCCAUUAAUUCACCAUUUUUUUUUUUUUUAAUCAUUCCCAAUCCCUAACCCUAAUCCCCUUUUCCUCUUCUUCUUCUUCUUCCCCAAAGAGGGGCGUCAAUGGAUUCAAAACCCUAGCUUCCCCCAUUCCGAUCAUCAUCUUCUUCGUCGUCGUCGUCGUCGUCGUCGUCGUCCUCCCAUGUCCCUGGCGCUGGGGCUGCCGCUGCUGGAGUGCGUGUACUGCCUCGCCUGCGCGCGGUGGGCGUGGAAGCGCUUCCUCCACAGCGGCUGCGACGACAGCGCGACGUGGGGCCUCGCCUCCGCCGCGGAGUUCGCCCCCGUCCCGCGCGUGUGCCGCCUCAUCCUCGCCAACUACGAGGACGACCUCGCCCGCCCCCGCUUCCCCCCGCCCGGCGGCUACGGCCUCGACCCCGCCCUCGUCGUCCGCCGCCGCGACCACGCCCAGACCCGCGGCCGCGUCUCCCCCUACCUCAUCUACCUCGACCACCCCCACGCCGACAUCGUCCUCGCCAUCCGCGGCCUCAACCUCGCCGUCGAGAGCGACUACGCCCUCCUCCUCGACAACCGCCUCGGCAAGCGCAAGCUCGACGGCGGCUACGUCCACAACGGCCUCCUCCGCGCCGCCGCCUGGGUCCUCGACGCCGAGUGCGACGUCCUCAGCGACCUCCUCCGGACCCACCCCGACUACACCCUCACCUUCGCCGGCCACUCCCUCGGCGCCGGCGUCGCCGCGCUGCUCGCCAUGGUCGUCGUGCAGAACAAGGACAAGCUGGGGAACGUCGACAGGAGGCGCGUCAGGUGCUACGCCAUGGCGCCCGCCAGGUGUAUGUCGCUGAACCUCGCCGUUCGCUACGCCGACAUUAUCAACUCCGUCGUCCUCCAAGAUGAUUUUUUGCCUCGGACAGCUACUCCUUUGGAAGAUGUUUUCAAGUCAAUCCUCUGUUUGCCAUGCCUGCUAUGUCUAAGAUGCAUGACAGACACAUGCAUACCAGAACAUGUCAUGUUGAGAGAUCCAAGGAGGCUUUACGCACCGGGUCGGAUCUAUCAUAUCGUGGAGAGAAAACCGUUCAGGUGUGGAAGAUACCCCCCAGUUGUUAAAACAGCUGUGCCGGUUGACGGCAGGUUUGAGCACAUUGUUCUUUCCUGCAAUGCCACGACCGACCAUGCCAUCAUCUGGAUUCACAGGGAAGCCCAGAAAGCAUUGGAUGAGCGUGGGACGGCCCGCGGUGUGGCGCGGACAAGCUGGAGCGCGGGGCGCGGCGGACAAUGCUCUUUUUGCUUUUUUCCCUCUCUCUGCUCGCUUCAAUUUUCAAAUUAUUUUUUAUUCCUCUCUAUUUAAAUAAUUUGUUUUAUUUUUUUUCAGCUCUUUAAUUUUUUAGAAUUUAAAAUUUAAAAUUAGAUUUGAAAAUUAAAAAUUUAAAUUUAAAAUUUUAAAAAUAAAUGAUAACAACGUAAAUACAGAAAUAUAUUAGUUUGUUCAAAAUAUUUUAAAAAAUGCGCAAAUCUUCUGCAGCGAAGCGCGGGCCUUCACUAGUGUCAUUAGUUUCAGAGAACAGACGAAAUGUAAAAUGCAUCAAUUUUUUUAUUUAAAUUUUUACCCCUCAAACCUCUACUGCAGCAGCUUUACAUUUUGUAGAGGAUAAAUUACACUUUUGGUCCUCAAACUAUGAGGACCAAAAUUUUAAUUCGUUGUAAUUUUUUGUUCGAACUUUUUAAAUUGUCGCAAUAUAGUUCCACAAUCUAAUUUAGUUGGCUGAAUACUAAUGUGUAGUUAAUUUGCAAGUGAUGUAGUAGUGUUGUGAUAGAUGAUGCCAUAAAAAGUAAGAUGUAACCUUAUUUUCAUGUUAGGGAUUCUUUAAUAUAUUUAGCUAAAACUUAAUUCCAACUAUUUAUAAAGUUCGAACAAAAAAAUCUAAAGAAUUAAAGUUUGAGCAUAGUGUAACUUAAAUUUUUGUAUAUUAGAACAAUUUUAACACCAUGUUCUACCACUGCAAGACCAUCUAAUUUUCGUCUGAUGCAGUGCAUGUUUGGACUGGAACAAUUUAUCUGCUUGAGAAGCAGAAGUCAAACGUUUGAUUCAGUGCUUUUUUAUAUAACUCUAACUGAGCGACGCUUCUGCAAAUCAAUUUUUUUUUUUUUUUAAUCUCGAUACAUUAUCGAUGGUUGAAUCAUUGAUAAGUGUUUUACAUUACCAUGACUGAAAUAGGAAGUUAAUAUUGUUCGAGGGUCUGAUUAGUUUGAGUAAAACUAUUUUAAGAGCAUUAAUAACAUUCGGAUUAAAGUAGUUCUUCCUAAGAUUCUCUAUAAGCCUGCAGUCGCUUUUUUCCUAAGCUUGAAUUUAACAAGCCUUAUUAUCUGUCUAGUAGUUUUCAAACUCUGCAGGUGCAUGACAUAAGAAAUGCCAUGUAGUGCUUUCUUUUUUUUUUUUGAGAGAGAUUGGUAGCAUGCUAUCCGUUUCGUUUAUUUUAUUUAGAAAUAAAUUUAGCUGAAAAUGUGAAUCAACUAGGAUUCGAACUUGAAACCUCGGGUACUGACUACCAUG